UGGGGUUGUUGUUGUUGUUAAACUUCAUUGGCCAAAAGAUAAUUGAAUGCAAGUUAUGGAUUUAGCUGACGAAGAACCAUCUGGAGAUGGAGAAACUGUGGGAUUGGUUAGACAGUCCUUUGCUACUGUUCUUCCCGUCUCCGACACUCAAAUCCCGACACAUUUCCUCGGCAUGGCCAGACAGAAAGCCUAUUUUUUCGACGGUCUCGGAAAUUGUCUUAACAAGGACUGGGAUCUUGCUGAAGCUGAAGGCAAGGAGUUUUGUUGGUACCAUGUAGAACUUCCGAAAGUGAAACAGAAAUGUUCUCUAUCCGCUCAAUACCUUAUAGAUGUUCUUUGUCCGCCUUUAAAGCUCCAAGACAUUCUCUCGCUCGUUAGCAAUGGUCCGUUUUGCGGACAUGUCGACGGAGCACUUGUCUUUCGGGUUAAUUCACCUGGCCCUGCCUCCAGUAGUUUUACAUUUAGAAUUGCUGCAAGGAUUACUGAGAAUUCAGUGAUUACCGUGUCUUUGGGACGUGUUCCCAGAUUAGGCUUCUCACCGGUCAGUCAGUCUCUUCUCUCGCAGAUUCCGAGUGUCGAAAAUUCUUCUAACCGAAGAAGAGAGAGGGCGGGGAGUGAGAUUGUAAUUAAAGAACAUGUCCUAGAGUUCUUAUUAACAAUGAAUCACUCCGAGGAGGCUGAUAAUCCUGUUCCGAAAUCCAUCUCAAACCUUGUAGUUCACAUCAUCGACACGCACGUCGAUCACCUUCAGGAUGUUGUUACGAAACUCGAGAUGGAGCUGGAUGCAGUAGAGCUUGAGUUGGAUGGAGGUGGAUUUGAUUUAAAGAUGGAGAUGCUAGACGAUAGACGAUUCCCUAAAAUGCAUCUAAAUUUGCAACGCCUCCUGCAGGUGAUUGCACACGGGGAACAAGUAUUUCCCCGAGUCAAGGAAAAAUGUUCUUCCAAACCAUGGUUUUUAGGUCAAGACAUCAACUCCCUGGAAGUGAUGAUCGAACGGUUGAGGAGGCUGAAAGAGAACGUCGGGUUUCUGGCGAACCGCGUCACUGCAAUUCAGGCCGGUUUGGAUACCUGGCAGUCGGAACAAAUUAACAAAAAACUCUACUAUCUCUCUUUGCUUUCCAUCAUAUUCCUCCCUUUAUCAAUCAUCACCGGAGUGUUUGGAAUGAAUGUGGGUGGAGUUCCAUGGACCAUGCAAAAUGAGCCGGAAGUAAAAGACGGUUUCCUCAACGUCAUGGUUCUUAGCGUAGCGAUGCUGGUGUUGGUACUGCUGUGCUUCCUUUUCCCCGCCCUCUGUACGCGAGUGACGGCCUGGUAUAAGAAGCAAGCUCCGAGACGGAGUUUAUCACAUAACAGGAGAUCGUUUCUGUGGAGGAACGUUGGAAUCCAAGAAAGAGGGUGUUGCCUGAGGAUUUGAUGA